UUCGUUCGUUCGCGUCGUCGUUCCCUUGCUUAACUUGCAACAUUUUUUUUGUUUUUAGUCAUUCUCCGGGUAUCGAUGAUGAUUACGAUGUUAUGAAUGUGCUUUUGUUGUGUUUUUUCUUUAUAGGUUAUGAACGAUUCAUGGAUUAAUAAUAAAAUAGCUAAUAGAGAGUGAAGUGCUCAAUAUGGCCGAAGAAUCCCCCACCAGUCCAUCCAGCUUCAAGGACGUCCUAAACUUCUUCAACAGCCUGGAACGACCACCAGUACCAAAAAGAAACUUCGCCAGCAACUUAGAAGUGAACCUGAAGCUAGUCAUCGACAGUAAAACUAUCAAAACGACCUCUUAUCAGUUUCAACAGCACGAUGGGGAAGUUCAAACGUACAUCCCAAGGGCCAAAUUAAUAAAAAAACCUCUUGGGGAUGAACAGAGGGCUCCCAAGGUACCGCCUAGAGCCACCCCUGUUAGGGUACCUCCCAAAGUACCUCCGAGACCAUAUAAGCAUCAAUCAGAUGAAACUCUGAUGAGUUUCGAAGGAUAUUUUAGGGAGCAAUUGACACCAGACGUAGAAGCCAAAAAGAUCCUGGAGGAGUUCACCAAAGAAAUCGACUCGUUUAGAAACUUUGCGGUGCCGGAGAGUGCGUUGGACAGUGAGUUUUUAAAGGAGACUCUUAGUAUCGCGAAUAGUGAGGUGAGCGUGAGUGAAGUGAGUGAUUCGAAAAGGAUAUCGCAGUGCAGCGGGAGUUCCUAUAGGUUACCCGAGAGGCUUGACAGAAACGACCCCUUUCUGGAGCCCUACCUUUUGCAGAUCAGCGAUCGCCACAGCUCCCCCAUAGGUGCAACAUCCCCUUCGCCUCCACCGGCGAGGAUCAUCGCCGCUCCCUUACCGGCACCCUCCUCCAGGUCGAUAUCCAGAGAAUCACUCAUCUCAUCCAACGGAGGAUCUGAUGCUAGCAGCGAAGGAAGCGAGGAAGAAGUUUUUUCAGGCUAUGGUGCCACAUGUGAUAUUAGUCUUAUGGAAAGGGUGAGACAGUCCCACCCGAUAUGGUUCCUCCCGGGGAUACAGCGCGCAGGCGCCUUCCACCUCCUCCAAGGCAAAGAGGAGGGAUGCUUCGUGGUGCGGAAGUCCUCCCAAACGGACACCAUGGCCCUCUCGGUCCGUUUACCGCCAGAUAAAGGUCCGUACAUUGAACACUACCUGAUCCACAGUUCAGAGGGGCGUCUAGGGCUCGAAACGAGCGAGAAUCGUUUCGUGGACGUGGCCGCCCUUAUUGCUCACUACGCGAGUUGUUGUGACGAGUUACCGGUCCAGUUGACCCUCCCGAAAGCGAUCAGGGAGUCCAAGAGUCGACAACAGUUGUCCUCGUUGGCUCUGUUAGGACAAGAGUUCUGGAGCUACAGUCCUCCCCCCUCGGAAGCGUCCAGUCCGGACACGGACUUGGUACUGAACCUGAAUCCCCUUAUGAGUACUUUUAAGCAAUCCGAGGUGGUGGACGCGGCCACGCCCAAACCGACCAGACCGAACACGCUGAAUUUGCUCAACAAGAACGACCCGAACCACUUUGAGGUGACGAGGAGCAGGAGUUCUUUGAAGGGAGACAGUUUGGGGAGGAGUGUUCCUCCACCUCCCCCGCCUCCAAGAUGGUCGAAGCCGACCACUCCUCAAAACAACUUCACCGUUACCACCACCGUGACGUUCAGUGUGAACGCUCAAAGUCCAAACAAUGAAAGGUCGAUGAUACCUUCGCAGGUGGAGGUGCUCCCAUGUGAUCCUAAAAGAAUGUCUCCCGAAGGUCAGUGUAAUAAUUCGACCGUGUCUUCCAGAGGGAGUGUUAAGCAUAGGAGUCUUAGCAAUUUGACCUCGCCCAAUUCGGUGUUGUCCCCUAGUUCGGAUAGCGUCAUGUCCCCUGAUACUUUGUCGCCCCUGAGUGUUAGUAAGGGGGCGAGGCAUAGUAAGAGGGCGAAACCGCCGAAGCUGUCCAAGCAUUAUCAGGAGAGCGACAUCGUCGACUCACCCACCAUGCUCUAUUACAAGAGCGGUUUGGGUGACAAAAUAAGCGACUACGAAGACGUCUGGACCAACGAGGGCACAUUAAUCAAACCUAAGCUAACCGGGAAUAAUAAUAAUGGGAGUGGUACUUUGUCUUCCCCGGAUAUUCUGCAGAAUACUCCAUCAGGAAAUGUGGUGAUGUCUUUGAAUAAUAAUGUCCUUAGUCCUACCGAAUCAUUGCAAAACGGUGGCGUACAGAGGAGUAUUUGUAGUACUCCUGUGUCUAAUAACGGAUCUAAUAAGGCCUAUCAUCCACCACAAACCGUAGAUCAUCAACUGCUCACUCCCGUAGAAUCUUCUGUAGAAGAGGGAAAACAGCAGAGUCCCUUCUACGCGGAACCUGCAGACUCUCUGUCCUCUCUACAACAGUCUGCGGCUGUAGCAAAGCGUUUGGUGGUCACACGACCUGCUCCGGCUGUACCGAUUUACCACAGACACUCGAACCCUCCCAAUUUGAACUCCAUGAAGGUUUUGAGUCCUACGGGCGAGAGGGCGGAGGACGGGGGGGAGUUUAAUGGCGGCCUUAUAUCGUCUUCGGUAGACAACUUAAGUCCGAAACAGAAAUUUUUAGGCUUAAGACGUCCCGACUUAAAGCCGGUUUUACCACCGCUGGUGAAACCUAAGCCUAGCAAUCAAGAAACUUGGCAAGUGGACAGUAGCUGGAAGUUUGUCACCAACGAAAACGAUAUAAAUAUGGACUCGAGCGAUCCGGACUACGAGUCCGACUGGCCGCCGGUGCCCAACUUGCUCGGCUCUCUAGAUUACACUGGUGACAGUUGUGACGACAGACCGACGUUGCACGAUUUGAUCUCAAAACGGUAUCCCGACAUCCGUACGCCGAUAGAUGUCGCCCUGGACGACGACCGUUGUCGAAUUUCCGCCUACGAUAACGUCGACCUGGAGCGGAAAAUCCCCCGUGCCCCUCCGUCGGAAAUCAGCGAGCUGACGGAGUUUUCCGACCCGUGGGCGGAACCGAAUCCGGUUAUCACGGAAACGGACGAGUCGUACGCGGAAAUCCACAGCGCGCACAAGAUGAAAUGCGCCUCGAUCAACCGAAGUCGCAGCUUUCGGGACCGCUUCGAUCAUUUAUUAUCGUCAGCCCGUUUCGAGAGUCUAAAGGCGCAUUCGGAUCCACCCUCGAGGGCGGCGGGGGUGUCGAUACGGAACUACGCCAUGGAACUGGCGCAGGAUAAAAGUACGACUUUUGCUCAAAAUAUCGAUAAUUUUAUCGCGUGCACUUGCGAGUCGAAAGAGACGAAUCCGCAAGUCGUUAUGCGGAACAUGCGUCAGUUCAUGUCGGGGAUGAAGAAUUAUUUGGUCAAGCAUGGCGAAAAGGGGUUUUAUAAGGAGAUCGAACGGGAGAGGAAUAAGCUAAAAUCGACCGAGUUCCUGAACCUCGACGCCAUCCUGGAAGGCGUGAUGCACAAACUGGUGGUGAGACCGUUGAAGACGCACCUGCACAAGCUCUUCUUGGACUAUUACACCAAAACGGGAGACAUAAGACUGUUGGCGGAUAACAUCCAAUACGCCUCCACCCGGCCCAUCCACGAAUUGGCCGUCAAACCGCGAAUAACGCUGCCAUCGGAGAGCGUCCUCGGCCGAAUAGCCGUGUACAUCCAGAAGUUGCAACAGGUCGACUCUCCGUUGGAGAAACUGGAGAAUUUGUUGGCUGCUAUCGCGAUUAUCUUUAACUCGGUGAAAACCAACCAUCAGCUGACCGGAUCCGGUAAAUGUACGCAACUGGGUGCGGACGAUUUCCUUCCGAUUUUCGUGUGGGUGUUGGUGAAAACGAACUUUGUGGCGGCGGAAAUCGAGGCGGAAUACAUGUGGGGGCUGUUGCAUCCCUCCCUGUUCUCUGGCGAGGGCGGCUAUUAUUUGACCACCCUCUCGUCGGCGGUGCACGUACUUAAACAUUUCAAAAAGAGCUGUGAGGAUAGCAACAGUCAAAAUCACGUUGAAAACGAUUCUGUGUUAAAAGUGGUCGUCCCGGACGAACUUCACGGCUCGAUUUUGACGAAAACGGUACCGGCCAGGCCCCAGAUGACCACCAAGGAAGUGUGCAAGAUUAUCGCGCAUAAGGCGCGGAUUACCAAUCCGCAGGAUUAUGCUUUGUAUAGACUUACCGCCGGUGAAGAAACGAUGUUGAUGGACAACGAAUGCCCCCAAGACUUCAUGAAAGAAGGAAAGCACACGAUGCUCGCCUACAAGAGGAUAGACGCGAAAAUCGCGUGGCCAAAUCAGGAUAAGCUCAAUCUCUAGUCAUUUCCCUUCCCCCAGCCAAUAAUUUUGAGUUUUAUUCUAUAAAUAUGUUUUUUUUUUGUGUUAUUUUGUACAUAAGUCCUUUAGUAAAUUAGGUAUAUAAUAUUAUAUAUUAUAUAGUAAUCAGCAGAAUCUUGUCAAGUAAACAAUAAUACUGAAUUAUUAAUAGUAAUUAAGUAAUAACUCCUUUUGAUAUGAUGAAUAUUUACCGAUUUUUUGAAUCAAAAUACCUACAAACCGUGAACUGUGUUUUAUUAAUCAAUCGAAGUUUUUUUUUCAAUUAUUUAUUAAAAAUAAAAUACUUAAUAUAUUCUUAAA